ANAAGAAAGAAAGAAAAAGAAAAACCUCUACGCAGUGGGAAUCAUUUCGAAAAUCCCCAAUCUGCUCAUACUAGGGUUUACCGUAUUCCAGUUUCCUGUCCUGCGACAAGGAAACAGAGAUUGAAAAAGAAAAAAAGGUCAAAAAAUGGGGAGCAAAGAGAUGAACGUGGUGACGGGUUUGGAUAUAGAGAGGUACAUGGGCAGAUGGUUUGAAAUUGCUUCUUUCCCUUCGAGAUUUCAGCCCAAAAAUGGCGUGGACACGAGGGCUACCUACAAUCUCAACCCAGACGGCACUGUCCAUGUCCUGAACGAGACUUGGAACGACGGCAAAAGGGGCUUCAUUGAGGGCACCGCCUACAAGGCCGAUCCCAAGAGCGAUGAGGCCAAGCUCAAGGUCAGAUUCUAUGUGCCCCCUUUUCUGCCUAUAAUUCCGGUCACCGGCGAUUAUUGGGUGUUGUACAUCGACCAGGAUUAUCAGUAUGCGGUGAUUGGUCAGCCUUCCAGGAGGUAUCUUUGGAUACUGAGCCGGCAGCCUAGGCUCGAUGAUGAAACCUACAAUCAGCUUGUUGAGAAGGCUAAAGAAGAAGGGUAUGAUGUCAGCAAGCUACACAAAACACCCCAUUCAGAUACACCCCCAGAAAGUGAGAGUGCACCGAAUGACACAAAGGGGAUCUGGUGGAUCAAGUCCAUUUUAGGGAAAUGAAAAGUUGAAGAUGCUGCUAAUAUGUGUGAUGAAUGCCAAGUUCAGUAACUAAAGUAAAUCGUAUUUUAUUUGAAUUGAAGAACCUGUGAGAUGUUAUGUAAAUGUCUAUGAGAUGUUAUGUAAAUGUCUAUGCAUAUUGUCUGUUUACACAUUUGGGUGUUUUGAAGUUCCUCCAUGUGCUACGGUUGUAUUAAGUAUUUGAAUAUUUCUGGCUUAGUGGUUCCUUUGUUAAACAAUGUUUUCUUCAAUCGGCUUGGUUGCCAUGUUUGUGUUAUAUGAAUUGCACUAAUCUUGGUGUUUCCGUGAGAGUGAAAUAAUUCCAAAGUUGUUUGCUCACUGUGAUAACGAUGGGUGGAUUGGACUCUUUUUAUGCAAGUGAACCAGAGCCUUGAACAGAUAUUAACUCUGUUGUUUCCCAACCAAAGGAGCUCUCUCUUAGGGGAGUAGCAAUUCUCUUUCAGA